AUGAAAGUGGACGAAGACCCUUUGGACAUCGCAGACACCAAUUACUCCGAGCCUGCAUGCAUUGGAGAAAUUAACAUGGUGGAAGUUGUCCAAAGUGACGCUCCAGUAGGAGAGAAAGCACCUUUAGCUGUUGCAAAAGAAAUCCAGGCUACUGAAGGCCAGGAAAACCAAAACCAAGAGUUGACACAGGUUACUGAAGGCCUGAGGCUAGAAAUGGAGAAAGUCCAAAUCACGAAGCCAACCUCCCCUCAGAAAGAAAUAUGGGAUACUUUAGGGGAACCCAGUGGAAAGUUUGACUACUUGGUCAAAUAUUCUGCCCCAGAGAGUUCAAAGGUCCACAUUGAAGAUAUAAAACCCACAUGA